AUGGGUGCCUGCAGCUCCAAGUCGACCAACAACAUCGCCGACCCGGCAGAGGAGCCGCCUGCAGAGGAUCCCAAGGACGAGGCCGCGGCCGAGGAGAUUGCAGCUGAGGAGGGAACUGCCGAGGCGGCCGACGAGAUGCCUCCGCCGACCGAGCCGGUCAAGUCGUCCUCCAUCCUGGGCCAGGUGGUCGACUACCUCUCGGGCCGCAAGUCUGAGCCUGCUGUCGAGGAGACCGAGGCGGUCGAGACGGCGGAGGCCGACGCGCCUGCGGCGGAGACGGAGCAGCCGGUCGCACGUGCGCUGAUUGAGGCGGUCGAUGCGGUCGCCGAGAGGGACGACGCCGAGCAAGAGGAGGCUCGCGUCGAGUGGCGGGCAUACGCCCUGUCGGCGGGAGAGGCGGGCCUCGCCCGCGAGAUGAGCGUCACGCCAGAGGAGCUUGCUGAGGAGGAGCCGCCGACGCUGAUCCAGAAGCUGUCCAAGGCCUUCUCGAACCUCCUGCCCGCCCCGCCGAAGUGCAUGCCCGCCCGCCCCGCGCUUGACGAGGAGCCGGCCGACGCCCCGGCGUCCGCCGUGCCGGCCGCGGCGCAGUGGGGCACCAAGCGCAUCAGCCAGCAGCACUGGAAGUAG